GGUCGUCGGUACAUCUGUCAUGUUGUGUACGUUGUGAAUAUCCUGUCAAAAACAAAUCUUGUUUUGUACUAUGUGAGUGUGAUUUAAGACUGCUAGUAAUAAGGAUACAUAUCAUUAACAAUUGCGCGCAUAAUAGGUAGUGAAUAUAGUCAUGAAGGUCGUCCGUUGAAAGUAUAUUGCCGUUACAAUACUACGACCCAGAUUUCAGAUUAAUCUAUGUGUUAAGACACAAUGACAUCAAAUCGAGAAGAAGGUCCUGUUUAUUACAGAGAAAUACAGAAGAAUGCAUUCCUUAAGAGGAUACCAAAUGAUGUAAAUGUUAAUAAACUAAGACCACUUGGAAACAAGAAGCAACAACUAAAACCUAUGUGGACGUUAUUCUGUGUGCACAAUGGUCGGACACCGUUCUUAGAACAGUAUCCUGAGCCUGACUCUCCAACCACAAUGACACACCGACCUGCAUGGAGAGUGUGUCUCAAAUCUGCCAGGCAUGUCACAGCUAGUGUCAAACCUCAUACUGGUGAUGAGUAUGACUUCCUGAUAGAUACAGAACAGGGUCCUGUGAGAAUGCUUGCUCCGGAUUGGGAUUCAAUGCAGGAAUGGGUUACAACCCUCAGGAACAAAUUGCAUGAACUAAAAAUUUUAAGUAAAGGUGAGAACGUGUAUUGCUCGGCGCCAGUAGCCCCCGCACCUCGCGCGGCAGCUCGUGACCCCACUUCCCCCUUGCCACCAACACCACCCGUGCCACCUGACCGAGUACCCGGAAUCGAAUUAACUACACAACCAACACGACAACCAGAAACCAGUGAACCAAUAGAAUCAACAGAAACCCAACCAACUGUAGAAAACCAAUCGGAAUCACAACCGGUUGAUAUAUCAAAUUGGGAGGAUCUUCCAUUACCCGGUACAAGUCAAAGUGAACCGAAGAGUGUGACCAAGAUUUGUGGACAAAAUAUAUGUUUAGAUGAUUCUAUAUUGAAAAGGAAUACACAAGUAACGGACAGUGAUGAAGAAUUUUUCCAAGAAAUUGAUAGGAUUCACGAAUCUAUGGAAAAUUUAUCAACAAAUGAAAAUAAAUAUAAACAAAGAGUUGUUGUUACUAAUAACGGAGAUGAUAAUACGAGUAAUGGAAUAGAAUCUCAAAGUCUACCACAGAGAACAAAUAUAACAGUCAUCCAAGUGUCGAAUAAAGGACCUCCGCACACAGCCAUACCGGUCUUAGGUCCGGAGACUGAUGUUUUUGACUUCAACUUUCAACAAAAUGUCACAGUGUCACCUGACACUGGUCAAAAUGACCAGCACAGCUUUAUUAAUAUAGUCAACACGGAAAUCAACGUCCAGAACACAAAUGAUAAUGACUAUGGCACUAUUUUCUCCAAAAACGACUCUGAAUACGGACAUUUAAGUUUGACAACAACUGUCAGUCUGACAGGGGAAGCUGUCAAAGUGACAGAUGACAUUUACGAGAGGCUAUGCAUGGCGUCAACGUCCAGAGACAAACCAACAUCACCUUUGCCGGUGAAUAAAAUAAAGAAUAUAGAUAAAAUUAGAAAAUCAUCUUUGCCUAAUUUGGAAUUGGCCACAGAAUCGGCAUAUGAAUAUUUAUUUCCUAAUUCUAGUCAGAAUAAUAAUUUUAGGAAUAACACUACUAAUGUUACUUUGAACGAAACUCGAACCGUUACUAAUGUUACUCGUUCAGAAAUUAAUUCUAAUACGAACGAAACUCGAACGAAUGUUAUAAAUGUGAUAAAUAAUCCUGUACAAUCUGUAAGUGCUAAUUUGAAUUCUAAUACAAGGGUGUUAAGGACUAAUGUUGAAAGAUCUCACAGUCAGAAUGCGUGUGACGGUGCUAUAAGAUUGAAAGAAAAUUUAUUAAGAAAAGUACACAAUAAUAGUCCGAAGAGAGAAGCUAAAAAUGAUAAAAAUGAAUCUCCCAAACCGAUAUGGAAGCGUGGUCUCACAGAGCUGUCACUAUUGAGUCGGUUGAGAGGUUUAGGUCAGGGUAAGAGACAGGAGAGUCCAACACGACAGGAUGAAUCUGGAGAUAGGGUUGUGACGUCUCCUGUCAAAGUAGUACACAGGUCUAGACCUCAAGGAAGAGUUGACAGCAGUAGAAGAAGGAGCAAUUCUCUCAGCAAUGGACAGUCACCCCCUAACCCGGUGACAGUGGGGGGUGUGAUGGCGCCACUGCGCGCGCGGCAAGCGGCGGCACUACGCGCGGAGCAGCGCCGGGGGGCGGCGGUCGCAACAUCACUGUCAGUCAGAGACCCCCCAAUAUUUGUGGAUUACGAACGACAUGUUUGGAUAGCACGUUGGGGGGUUAAUGGUGCUCGAUGUGGAGGUCGUGCUGGUGACCGUGUCGCCGCACUGGCGGGUGCGCAGCCAACCAGCGCUGCGCACGCACGCACACUGCUCAAAACUGCGCACACACCACUUGUAGACAUUUUAUUCCAUCGUGUACCUCUCGGGAAGAUAUACGUGGUUAGUAAACGUGAUAGAGAAACUUUAGGUAUAAAAUUAGACAAUGAAUGUGUAAUCAGUACAGUUGUGGGGGGGUCUUGUGCGAGUAGGGCGGGCAUUCCGCCGCAGGGCAAAUGGGCAGUUACUGAAGUUAAUAACAGAUCUAUUGAUUUGUUAAAGGGUAGUGAAGAAGAAAUGAACCGUUUAAGUAUGCACGGUACAGAAGUAUCCGUUCUCAUACAGCCCGCUGCUUUGGUGAAGAAAUUGAGAGCUGCUAUUAAAUCAAAUAAGUCUUUAUUGACUUUAAGAUAAGGUUGAAAAUUAAUCGUACACGCGCUGUACAUUAAACAAUU